AUGCCUUCAACAACCCCUCCGUCCCUCCCUCUCACCCUAAUUGUCGCUACGACCCCCGUCCGCGUCGCGCCCCCUACCGCAUUCGCCGAGCAUGAACCAAGCCGGACUACCGUACGCCUCGGCAUCGGGCUAAACGGGACACUGCCCUGGCCGCGCAUAAAAACCGACAUGAGCUUCUUCGCGCGUGUGACGUCCCGGCCCCCGGUCCCCGGUACCACGAACGCGAUCAUCAUGGGCCGCAAGACGUACUUCUCUGUGCCGAAGAGUCUGCGACCUCUCGGGAAGCGCAUUAGCGUAGUCGUUACGCGGGAUCAGAGCGGCUCGGUGCGCGAGACCGUCCUGGAGGAGCUUCUGGCUAAGAAGGGGAAGAUGGCCGCGAAGAAGGCGGAGGUGGAGGCGCAGGCGCCGGGCGAAGGAGAGAGGUUGGACGAGGAGCCGGUGACGGAUGCUCUUGUUACGCCAGGCUUAGAUGCUGCGGUUGCGGAGCUUGAGAAGGGUCAUGGCAAGGAGGGGAGUCUGGGGAAGAUCUAUGUUAUUGGUGGGGCGGAGAUAUAUGGUGCUACGUUGAGAUUGAAGGAUGAGGCUGGCUCGGCCUUGAGGGAUCGGCCGGUGAGAAUUGUUAUGACGCAUGUGGUGAAGAAGCCUGAGGCUACCGGGGUUGAAGAGCCAAUUGAGUGUGAUACUUUUUUCCCGGUGGAUGAGUUCAAGGAGGAGGAUGGGUGGAGGAGUGCGAGCCCUGAAGAGGUGUCGGACUGGGUUGGGGAGAAGGUUACUGGGGAAUGGAUCAGGGAGGGAGACUUUGAAGUUCAGAUGGUGGGAUAUGAACGGGCAAGAUAG